AUGUCGAUGCGCGACAGCGAUCAGUCUCUCGGGAGACGUAGUUCGGAGAGCUCUGGGAAGAACAGCUGGUUGUCGCAAGAGACCGUCAGAGAGGGUCCGAGUCAGCAACCGCUCGAUCGUCAAGCGAUGCCGAACGGUCGCAGCAAUUCUCCUUUUCCUGGUCCCGUCAAUAUGGAGAGAUCUGCGUCACAAGGCCACCGCCCGCCCAAUAUGGGGUCCGCGAACAAUCUGUACGCAUCGAAUUUCUCCUGGGGCUCACCGGACAUUUCUCCCACAGACCAACGCAAGGGUCUCGGCAACCACAGGAAAGUUAUGGCUCUCCUGGGGAAUGAUGAUCCUGGCCCCCCGCCAACCUCGAGCUCAAACACGAGAUCAUCACAACCGAACCAACCGAACCAGAUUGACUAUUUCCACCAAGAUCCGAACGCGUCUUGGUCCUCUUCUCCCCAGAUCGCGCCAAUGGAUGCGCCAGGCACGUUCUUCCACGAUCUCUCCGAACACGAAGCGUCACCCGCGUCGGGCUCCUUUCGUCCCGGGACGGGUCGGACUUUCGCCAGUGAGCCCGUCGAUCUAGACUACAAUGGAGAUCAUCGGAGGCCCUCGAUAGCAAGUGCAACGACCAUUAGCAGCCAGGGAUCAAAAUCGAGCACAGGCGGCCGGUUUCGGAAGAAGUUGCAGGGCUUUUUUGGGGACGAGUACCUCACCCCGGCCGAUUCCAAACAGGAUUCGGAACAGGGCGCGCCGUCUCUGAACAGUAGGGCAGGUUCUAUUGACCAGUUCAGAGCCCGUGAACGCGCCAAUUCCGAUGGCGCGCGAAACUUCCCGGAACGAUCCAAUGACGAUGCCUCUUCCCGACACCCUUCGCGGCCGCGAACUCCAUUGCCAUCGAGCGAAAUUACCCCGUGGUUGUAUCAGAGCUUCAAUGAUAUCCCUCAAUUUGGAGAGGCCCCAGUACGGGAAGCCCCUAUCGCAUCUGGGAGUCAUCGUGCUGCUGGUCAAAGUGCUACGAAUGCAGGUGCGUCAAGGGAUGCUCGGAGACACUUCACUGGCCACCGCCACUCCCGUAGCAAGGAAGAGAAACCAACUGUCGCAGGCGAUCUUGCAGGUUACCCCGCGCGCCCUGCAACAGGGCGCGACGAUUCGUACCUCGGACUGCGUCCUUUUCGAGAGAAUAGCCUUAAUAUGCCUACGGCGAUGAGCUCGUCCACUACCUUAGGGGGCCGUUCGACGAGCCCCACGCCAAGUAUGCAGAGUGCCUAUUCGCGGGAGCAAGGACAGAAUUCACCCGGAGCUCCACCAAAUAAGCGAUCGAUCCUCGACAAAAUCCGCCGCACCAAAGCUCACGGACCCUUGAAGCAUUUUCCUGGAUCGAAAAUUGCCCAGGAAGCGUCCCGAUCCUCUUCGAAGCUUUCGCGGAGGGAAGCCUCACCCAGACGAGGACGGCAGGGAAGCCUUGAAGGAGGCGCUUCGAUCAGAAAUCUCGAAAUCGGUGAUCCUGAACGCCGGAAAGAUGGGAAAGGCCUGGCAAUCGGCUCAGCAAAACUACGAAACCGCCGUGCAGUGGUCAAUGAAGCGCCCCCUGGGCGGGAUGCUAGGCCCUCGGAUGAACAGGGCGUCUGGCGGCUUGACACAGAUUUGUCGCAUAUGGAAGGCAUUGUUACCCAGCACCCUCCGCCAUCUCCGACCGACAUGGGACGACCCCCGGAUGGAAUUGCGGUGCAGCAGGAAGACGGCAAGCGGCAAGAAGCUGCACCCGCAGGCCACUGGGACGCUCCAGAAAGCUGGCAGGUGAAGAAGCAUGGGGAGGACCUCGCUGCGCGACUUCCUUCUACCGCGGGUGACACAGGCCUUGUCGUACCGGAACGGGAUGGUCUAUCAUACUUCAUCCGGGUAUUCCGCAUUGAUUCAACGUUUGCUACAUUGUCAGCCGGUCUCAAUGCCACUGUCGCAGAUAUCCUCCUGAUGCUCGGCCGGAAAUCGUUUCUUCAGGACCAUUUGAACAACUACGAGAUCGUCAUGAAGAAGCAUGACCUAUCCCGGCAGCUUGAUCACUCAGAGAGGCCAAUCCUCAUGCAGAAGCACCUGCUCGAACAGGUGGGCUAUACUGCCAAGGAUAGGAUCGAAGAGAUCGGCCGUGAAGACCACAGCUAUAUCUGUCGUUUUAUAUUCCUUCCGACGAAGCUCAGUGGCUACAGCAGCCUUGAUGGAGACCCUGGGUUCAACAAAAUGCAGAAGUUCAGCCACGUUGACCUUCAGGGCCGAAGUCUCGUCACCAUCCCUAUCACGCUCUACAAAAAAGCCUCCGAAAUCAUAUCCCUGAAUCUCUCCAGGAAUCUAUCCCUGGAUGUUCCAAAGGACUUUAUCCAAGGUUGCAUCAAUCUGCGGGAAAUCAAGUUCGUAGGCAACGAGGCUUUACGUCUGCCAGCUAGCUUUAGUCUUGCGAGCCGCUUGACGUACCUAGACGUGUCUAACAACCUGCUAGAAGAUCUUGAUCAUGCCCAUCUGGAUAGCCUGCACGGCCUUGUAAGUAUCAAGAUGGCCAACAAUAAGCUGAAAACACUGCCAAGUUACUUCGGAAACUUUCAGUAUCUGAGGAACCUCAACAUCUCGUCGAAUAGCUUCCAGACGUUUCCCUCCUUUCUCUGCAACCUGAAGAGUCUGGUGGAUCUGGAUAUAAGCUUUAAUAAUAUCGCAGAGCUGCCCAACAUUGGGAAACUGACGACCCUCGAGCGGCUUUGGGUAACGAAUAAUGUCCUUCGCGGGCCGCUUGACGAAACCUUCAAAGAACUUGUCAGCCUGAAGGAAGUUGAUGCGCGAUUCAAUGCAAUCACAAACAUAGAUACACUGGCACAGCUCCCUCGGCUGGAGCAGUUGCUUAUCGGUCACAAUGCAGUUUCGAAGUUCAGAGGCUCAUUUGUCAAGUUGCGGACUUUGUUCCUCGACCACUGCCCGAUGACACAAUUUGACAUUGACGCCCCCAUGCCGACCCUCACGUCGCUCAACAUAGCGUCUGCGAAACUUGUGCAAUUCAAGGAUUCCUUGUUUGAAUACCUGCCCAAUCUGUCAAAAUUGGUUCUGGACAAGAACCACUUUGUUUCCAUGUCACCGCACAUUGGCAAACUUCGCAGGCUGGAGCACUUCAGCAUGAUUAAGAACCCCUUGGCGGCAUUGCCUGCUACCAUUGGAUGCCUGGCAGAGCUCAAGUACCUCAACCUAAGAGAGUGCAAUCUGAGGCGUCUUCCUCCCGAAAUAUGGCAUUGCGCGAGACUAGAAACUCUCAACGUAUCGUCGAAUGUGCUGGACAGUUUUCCCAAACACGGAAGCCCCCCGCCCCAGCUUCCCAGCGACACAGGCACCACGCCUACCCCAACCCCCGGAGGGACCAUCGUACCAAGCUUUGAAGACCUUGGCCCUCUUGAAGAACAGGAAGCACGACGGCCUAGCCAGACAUCUGGCGGCUUUUUCAGCACCGGGAGCUCUCCAAAUGGUGGAACUUUUCGAAAGCCGUCUGUUGCCUCUUCACUUGGCCAAGGGGGUCGAAAAGUGUCGACAGCCUCGCGGUCAGGGACCGAGGGAAGUCCCUCUUCCAGAAAAGACUCCAACUUCUCUCAGCAUGUGGCAACCACUUUUGGCGGCUCCCUGCGGAACUUGUAUCUGGCCGAUAACCGGCUAGAAGACGAUAUCUUCCGCGAGCUGUCGCUGAUCCCGGAACUACGAGUUGUCAAUCUAUCGUAUAACGAAUUGGCAGAGCUUCCACAGGGUUUGCUCAAGCGUUGGCCGUUUUUGACCGAGCUGUAUCUCUCGGGCAAUGAGCUGACUUCCCUCCCUUCGGAUGAUCUAGAGGAAGGCAGCAAUCUCAAGAUCCUGAAUUUGAAUGCAAACCGGUUCCAAGUUCUUCCAGCGGAACUCUGCAAGGUUAGCAAGUUGGCGAUCUUGGAUGUUGGAAGCAAUUCCCUGAAAUACAAUGUUUCGAAUUGGCCAUAUGAUUGGAACUGGAACUGGAACCGCAAUCUGAAGUACCUGAAUUUCUCUGGGAAUAAGCGAUUGGAGAUCAAGCCGAACAUCACAUCGAUGGGGCCGUCAGCAACCAACGGCGCAGACUUGACGGAUUUCAAUUCUCUCACUCACCUUCGUGUCCUCGGGUUGAUGGAUGUCACGCUCACGACACCGACCAUUCCAGAAGAAAACGAGGACCGUCGAGUGAGAACGUCUGCCUCACUUGCAGGAUCGCUGGCCUACGGCAUGGCGGAUUUUCUUGGCAGAAGCGAGCAUUUAUCUAUCAUUGACAUGAUUGUGCCGCGCUUGAAGCCGGACAAUGUUGAAACACUUGUGGGGUUGUUCGACGGACAGGCUCAAUCAACUGGAGGCUCUAGGAUAGCCAAGUUCCUCCAUGAAAACUUCACCUCCACAUUUUCCUCGGAGCUCAAGCGGUUACGACUGGAUGAACAAGAGACGCCUCUCGAUGCACUCCGCCGUACAUUUCUAGUGCUAAAUAAGAAUAUGGCGGCUGCAGCCUACAGGUCCAUCGACGAUCGCAGUGUUCGGCAAUUUCACAGGGGAUCUCCAGCCACGAAACUCCUUAACCAGGACGAUAUACGAUCCGGCGGCGUCGCAACGGUGCUAUAUUUGAACAACAUGGAUCUGUAUGUCGCGAAUGUGGGAGACGCCCAGGCUAUUCUGGUCAAAUCAGAUGGGUCAUUGAGACACUUGACGAAGAAUCACGACCCAGCGGAGCCCCACGAACGAGCCAGAAUUCGUGCUGCUGGUGGGUUUGUAUCUCGCAACGGGAGACUCAACGAUAUUCUUCAUGUCUCGAGAGCCUUUGGACACUUCCAACUGAUGCCUGCCGUCAUUGCCGCACCCCACACAAUGCACGUCAACCUGACCGAGCAGGACGAGAUGAUUAUCCUGGCAUCAAAGGAGUUGUGGGACUAUGUGACGCCAGAUGUGGUGGUUGAUGUGACCAGAGCGGAGCGAAGGGACCUUAUGAUUGCAGCUCAGAAGAUCCGAGAUCUGGCCAUCUCCUUUGGCGCGAAUAACAAGCUGAUGGUCAUGAUCCUCGGGGUGAGUGAACUGAAGAAGCGUGAGAAGUUCAAGUUCAGAGGAACGAGCCUCUCAAUGGGCCCCUCUGCUUUCCCCGAAGGAGAGAUCAUCCCUAGCACCAAACGUACCAAGAAACCGCGUGAUGCGCCUGGGGAUUCGAGACUCGCCCGCUUCGAUUACGUUGAUGCCCCUAUUGGAGAGUUAGCCAUCAUCUUCACCGAUAUCAAGAAGUCGACUAGCCUUUGGGAGACCUGUCCUGACGCAAUGCGCUCCGCGAUCCAGAUCCACAACGAUAUUCUUCGUCGGCAGCUGGGGAUCAUUGGAGGCUAUGAGGUUAAGACGGAAGGUGAUGCUUUCAUGGUCGCCUUCUCGACCACGACGGCAGCACUUCUUUGGUGCUUCAAUUGUCAAACGCAGCUCUUGGAAGCUGAGUGGCCGACCGAAAUUCUCGAACAGCCGCAGUGCCAGGUCCAAUACGAUAUGGAUAACAACAUCAUCUUCCGAGGAUUGUCUGUACGGAUGGGUGUACAUUGGGGAGAGCCCGUUUGUGAGAAGGACCCUGUCACCAACCGUAUGGAUUAUUUUGGCCCGAUGGUGAACCGCGCGUCUCGUAUCUCGGCAGUUGCCGACGGCGGGCAGAUUUUUGUGUCAUCUGACUUCAUGAGCGACAUCCAACGCAACCUUGAAGUCUACGCUGAUAGCGAACGGGCCGCUUCUACUGGCUCCGAGGAAAGCUACGCUGUUGACUCUCUUGGAUAUAACAUUCGUCGCGAGCUCCAACAACUGAACAGCCAAGGGUUUGUCAUUAAGGAUCAGGGUGAGCGGAAGCUCAAGGGUCUAGAGAACCCGGAACCACUAUAUCUCAUCUACCCUCACUCGCUCUCCGGGCGCUUGACUACGUUGGAACAAGCCGAAUCCACGGAGAAUGGCCCCACGACCAUCAGCAAACAUUCUCAGUUGGAAAUCCAGGCCGACCUUAUCUGGCGACUGUGGGAAAUCACUCUGCGUCUAGAGCGGCUGUGUGGUGCGCUGGAGAAUCCAGGUGACGCGCGGUUGACGGAACCGAACCUGGCUCUGUUCAAUCUGGUCAAGAACCAAGGGGGAGAGCUCGCUGAUUCGACAGUCGUGAGCUUGGUUGAACAGCAGGUGACUCGCAUUGAGAUGGCCAUCAAUACUCUUGCUGUGCGACACAUGAUGCGACCCUUCAAACCUGGUGACAAACUCAGCGACCACGCCGCACCUAUUGACGAGGUGAUGCAACAACUCCAAACGCAAUUAGCCGAGUACCGAGCUCUCAAGGAGCAACUGGCUGUCAGUGCUGCUGGCAUCACUGGCACACCGUCCACCUCCAAGGGGUCUGGCGCACAGGUUACCAGCGGUAGCAGUCCCAGCUCCGCGUCUUCGUCCUUUCUCCAACUUGCUCCUCCAUCGGAGUAG